AUGUACUUCCUCAGCCCUCUCCUGUUCUCCAGCGCCCUCGCAGCAGCCAAAGCUACCGAUGAAAACACGCCCAUUCCCGAAUUUCUCGACACCACACCCACAGCCUCCACACCAUCGACAGCAUCAACAAAAACAGUCUUCAUAACAGUCACGCGCACCCUCUACCCAACGCCGCUCUACCCACCACCCACGGCAAAAACACUACCACACUUCGCCUUCCCACCGCUGUUCACGCACAAAGGCCAUCUGGGAGCUAGACUCUCCACUGACGACGCGGCAUGGCCGAUGUUUACUCUCGCCACGGCGACGGCGACCUCUGCACCGUUUGAGGGUCAUUAUACACCACCGACGACUUCGUCCAUGCAGUGGCAUUGCUCGUACCUGUCGACGCCGUCUUCACUGUCGAGUGCCCUGACGAUAUCGCCGUCUGUGGGGAAUUCGCAGAUUCGUUCCAAUGCAGGCUAUGCUCCAGAUCCAACGAUGCCCACGGAAGUGAAGGAGACGGCGCAUGUAAUCCCGCUGCCAUCGGGUAGCGAAGACACGUUUAACAUGCUGCCGAUUCCUUGUGAUUCAGGGGUUGUGGAUAUACCGCCAGUUCCCACACAAGAGGCAACGGCCACACCUCCCGUUCCCACAGGUUCGUCAGACACAGGUCCAACACCACCCCUCCCCUCGUCCCGCCCAACACACUCCUCCUCACCCCCCUUCCCACCAUCAGACAGCGCAACGCCCGGAUUCAACUGGCCCACCACAGCCCCUGCCACAAACACCACCAGCAACAACAGCGCAGACAAGACCGAGGCUUCGAACAGUGAGCCCGUAUGGUCGGGACCCGCUUCCCCCCUCACCAACGCCACCGAGUCCUCAAGCAUGACCAACGGCACCGCCUGGUCGGGGAUUGACAACGCGAUUCCAGGGCAAGUGCACGAUCCCCCACUGCAUGAGCGCGCCUUACCCUGGCUGUCGCCGCCGCCUCCUCUGCAGAGUACGAGUGCGGCUGUCAAGCGGAUCCAGGGGGUGUGGGGUGUGUUCAGACGGGACUGCACGCCGUGCAAAGGAGAGGGCAGGGUGAUUUGCUAG